AUGCCAUUUCUUCCGAUAUCCAGAUAUCAACUUUCCCGGACGUCUGUCCAACCAUGGAGGCAAUUUAUCCUUGGAAUAUCCUCCCAGUCCUUCCACUCUUCGGGGCCACGAAGCGUUCUGAAAGAGUCAGACAGACAUCGUGACGAACACCCAAACAUGGCCAACGAAAUUGAAAAGCAUAAACAAGCUCAAAUCAGGCGUCAAAGGGAAGGUAAGGGAAACGCUGGGUGGGUAGAAGAGCUGGCAAGUUCUAGUGAGGAGAAUGUUAAAGCAGAUAGGGGAGAAAUCCACGAUGCUACUUUCGACAAAAUUCAAGAAAAGGUUAAGGAGGGGAAAGGGAAGGCGAAGAGAUCAUGA